UAAAACAGAGGGAUGUAACAUCUUAGUGCGUCGGUUGUUUUCGCAUUUUUUUAUAAAAACCAUUGCGUUUAAAGACGUAUUUGUUAUAUUUUACCAUUACAUAUUACCUUGCAUGAAUCAGCAUGGCGACGUGCAUUCCCUUUCAAACCCAGUUAUCCUCUAUAAUGGAGGUUUUGGUGAAAGCAGCAGUGGCAGAAAUAUCCAAACUAGUCGAUGACAAAUGUGCUUUUCUGCAUCUGGAAAUAUCUCGAAAGCAAAACGAGAAUGAGUUACUGAAGAGGAAAUUACUAUUGAUGGAGAACAAGAGAGGUCAGCUGCAGCGGGGGUUUGAAAACUACAUGGACAGAGGAACUGAUGUGCGGAGCUGUCCACAUCCUACUGCAGAUAUUAAGUUUCCUGAUAUUGACGAAGCCACAGUUUCGUUCACGAUUAAAGAAGAAAGUCCAGAUGAGAUGCUGUGGAUCAGUGAAUCUGCAAGGCCGAUUGGUUCUGCUGGUCAAUACCGCCGUCCAGCUAACGCUCCAGAGAGUCAGUUAAACCUCUCAGAGGGCGGCACAAGAAAAUCAUCAGAGUUCAGUGACUUGUAUAACUCUGCAGCGCAUGCAGGAGACAUCAGUGGCCUUCAGUUCACGGUGAAGACGGAGAAGCAGGAGGACCGCUCAGGAUUUAGUCAGGACGGGUGCCAGCACGGCGCAGCCAAGCAGAUUCCACUUGCCGCUGACUUUUCCUUGGAUGAGAGAGACUCCCAGCUCUGGUCCUCCAUCAUUGAAGGCGACGACAUUGAUGCAGGUUUCCCUGACUUUUCUAGUGUGGUAGAGGAAUACUCCAACACCUUUCCGGACCAUUCUGAUGUGGGUUCGACCAAGGCUGCUAGCACUCAGAGGCCGUGUAAUGGGAUGUACAACAGUGAGUUUCAGAAGGAUGGUCCACAGUCGUCCGGUUUUCAACCCAGACCUCAGGGAGGUCCGCAGAGAAACCCCUCAAAUCCGGAUGAACACUCGGAUAGGGAGAGUGCCGCCUCAGAUAGACCGGUCGUAAGUCACUCUCACGUCCAAACAGGCAGCUUCCACCCUCCCUCCUCCCACAGAUCUUUCUCCGGAUCGACUCGGGGAUUCUCCUGCUCGCACUGCGGGAAGACCUUCGGCCGUCUGCACCAGUUCAAGCUGCACCAGCAAAGCCACAAGAGGAAGCGCACGUUCUGGUGCACGGUGUGUGGGAAGAGCUUCCAGUGCUCGUCCCACCUCAACAUCCACCACCGGACACACACGGGCGAGAAGCCGUACGGCUGCGGUCAGUGUGGGAAGAGGUUCACGCAGCAGAGCAGCCUGAGGGUCCACCAGCGCACACACAGCGGGGAGCGGCCCUACAGCUGCUCGCUCUGCGGGAAGACAUUCAUCCUGAUGCACCAUUUGAAACGCCACAGAAUCAUCCACACAUACAGCUGAGGUGGAGCCACGUAUCGAGUGGUGCAGGAAUGAGUCCUAAAACCUGGAAAUGAGUUGUUCACCACUUCUGGUUCUCUCCACCUGUAAUCAACGUUUUUUGAUCGUAUUUGGGGUUAUAUGGCUGAAAUAAGUUCCGUGGUUAACACAAGCUAACACAAGAUUUUCACGUUUUGUUCUACGACAUAAUAUAAGUCAGAUAACACCCAGCUGGUAAACGUCUGAAGCUUUUACGUGACUUAAGAACAGCAGGUGCUAACAAGUGGCUAAGUGAGACUGCUAACAUCAUGACACCGAACAUUAGCCACCUUUAGCUUAGCGGUGGUGACUCGAAGUCAUGGGACAGUGAUGUAGUUCCUUUAUAGCUUAAAGUUAGCUCUUUAUUUCUGGCAAUUGCCUUUACACUUAAAUAAAAAACAAAUAAAGUGGAGGUAAUAUGUGCAGAUUAUCCUGCUGACCGAAAAGUGUAGGUAUCAUAAACGUGUGUUUGCCAUAGACCCUUUUUUCGGCAAUAUUUCGAAACCCAAUGUAAACAUUUGAAUUUAAAACUUCCGGUUUGUUCUACAAAACUACGUCAUCACUGCGCCACUCUCAGCUGAUGUUGCUCAGGUGAAAUGAGACUGGAAUGAACCCUAAAACCAAACCAAAGAGCCCGCUUCUUUGGUUGGGAUUUUAACUUCUGACAUUGCUCACAGACUUUGUAUAUUAAUGCAUAUUCUACUAUGCAAAAUCCUUCUGGAUGGAUUUUAAAGAUGUUUGCUUGUUUUCUAAAAUACUUAUAAUUAUUAAAGUUGCACCCUCAAACAGAAUUCACACAAGUCAAUAUUUCAAAGGCACCUGCAAAGCUAGAAAUCCCAAAAAACAACGUCUGAAAUAUAGAGUGACAUAUAAAAUAAACCUGCAGAUUUCCUGUUACAGUAACAAGUGUACUGAUCUUCACAGUUUGUCUUUUCUCCUCAUGUAGAAAUAUGCCUUACUUCUUCCAGCACUGAAACUGUAGAAGCACAACAUGCUCAACAUCGUCCCAUAAACUCUCCCCAGUGAAACCUGUGAGAACCUCUCAAGUUUUAUGAUUUGAUGUAAAAAAAACAACCUGCCUGUCUAUUGAACUGCAUUUUCCAUAAAACGUAUCCUGAAAAUGAA